UGAAGUCAGCAUGGACAUGAAUUUGUCAGCGCGUUGUGCUUUGGUUCUUUCUCUGUUGGCAUUUGUACAUUUGAAAAUAGUCUCUGCUGCAGAAACGGGAGGCAUAUCUACAGCAAAGCCUGGAGUGUGCCCUCGUAGACGAUGGGGCAUAGGGAUAUGUGCAGAGUUAUGUUCCAAGGACAGUGACUGCCCCAAUGAUGAAAAAUGCUGUCACAACGGAUGUGGGCAUGUCUGCAUUGCACCUUACACAGCAAAGCCUGGAAUGUGCCCUCGUAGACGAUGGGGCGUGGGGACGUGUGCGGAGUUAUGUUCCGAUGACAGUGACUGCCCCAAUGAUGAAAAAUGCUGCCACAAUGGAUGUGGGCAUGUCUGCAUUGCACCUUACACAGUGCCGGUCCUCCUGAAGGCAGGUCAGUGCCCGCUGCUUCUGAAAGUCGUUCCGUCACACAAGGGAUGUGUCCGCGAUGAGGACUGUCCUAAAGAUGACAAAUGCUGCGUCUUUCACUCUGAUGCCUUGUGUGUCCCACCUGACUUCACAAAGCCUGGAGUGUGCCCUCGUAGACGAUGGGGCGUAGGGACGUGUGCAGAGUUAUGUUCCAAUGACAGUGACUGCCCCAAUGAUGAAAAAUGCUGCCACAAUGGAUGUGGGCAUGACUGCAUUGCACCGUACACAGUGCCGAUCCUCCCGAAGGCAGGUCAGUGCCCGCUGCUUCUGAAAGUCCUGCCGUCACACAAGGGAUGUGUCCGCGAUGAGGACUGUCCUAAAGAUGAUAAAUGCUGCGUCUUUCACUCUGAUGCCUUGUGUGUCCCACCUGACUUCACAAAGCCUGGAGUGUGCCCUCGUAGACGAUGGGGCUCAGGGAUAUGUGCAGAGUUAUGUUCCAAUGACAGUGACUGCCCCAAUGAUGAAAAAUGCUGCCACAAUGGAUGUGGGCAUGACUGCUUUGCACCUACACAGUGAAGCCCGGUCGCUGUGUCCUGCCCAAGGGGACCUACAUGUGUGCCGAGUACUGUUACAAAGAUGGCCAGUGCCCGAGGAACAGAAGUGUUUUCGGAUAUGUUGAUUCUACGCCUGCACUGAGCCAUUGAAGCUUUAUUGGAAAUUCUUAACAAUUAUAAGAAAUAAGUAGAAAAUACUAAUUAUUACAAGUACAGUUAUGUCUUUGAAAACUGAUGAUUUUAUGCAAUAAUAAAAAUGAAAAAUGAUCAUAGCUUUUAUGGAAUCUGGACCAACUUCAUGGACGGUAUGUCAAUUGACAAACUCAUGUGGACUGCUGAAUUUGAAUAAAACAAGAUUUUGAACACCCGUG